AGGCACUUCUUUCUGGAAGGCGGAGAGUAAUGUUCAGUCUACCGACAGGCAAGCCAGCAGACCGACAAGAAGUCAGGACAUAUUCUCAUAGCACUAACAGAUGGUAAUACCACCAGUGGGUCUUCUGAAGCCCACUUUCACUCUCCUGGGUGUGAUUGCUCCUGAAUGCACAUUCAGCCUCCUAUACUGCUGGCAGUGAAGACCUGCAGAUGCACUCAACCACAGGCUUACUUUUCAACCCUGCAUCUGUCUCAACACUCACACCAAAGCUGUACCCACAGGAAGAGGAUACACAUGUUUUAUUGACAGUGCUACAGGUGGUUUGAGUUUGAGCUGCUGGUGGACUGGACGUUUUUUUUCCCUGUGUGGAGAACUGUGGCAUCUUUGAGAAAGUAUGCUGCCAAUUAUUGUGGCAUAUUUGGUAUUCAUCUUGCUGGACUCAGGCGAGGCUCAGGUGGCUAGACAGUCUCAGGGGCAGAGCCAAAGUCAGGGGCAGCAAAGCUCUGGUGCCCCUUGGAGGCAGGUAAUUCAGUGGGAGAACAAUGGCCAGUUGUUUAGUCUACUGAACAGUGGAGCUGAAUAUAUCCCUGCUGGGGCAGGAGCCCAAGACAGAGGUCCCAGGGUGGUUGUGGCAGAUGGACAUUCACGCUCUUCACGCAGACGUCAGGGAGGCAAUGUUCGCAGACAGGCUCCAUCAAGAGGUUCCUCUGAGACUGUCCGUGGGCAGGCCAGGCAUCCUUUUGGCUUUGGGCAGGUGCCUGAUAACUGGAGACAAACCUCAGGCAGUACAGGUGGUAGCCAGGUCCAGGGAUCCUCUAACACUCACUUCAGGCCAUCCACAGGCUCUUCAUCUUCAUCCUCAUCAUCCUUUUCUUCAUCUUCUUAUAAUGUACCAUCCUAUCCACAGUACCCAUUUCCUCCACAGCCUCCCUUCCAGCCAGUACCUUACGACCCUGGUUUUGUGGAGGCGCCAUAUCAGAGCUUUGAGCCUCCCUUUCAGCCUGUUGCUGGUGCAGGAUAUGGUGGUGGGCAAACCUAUACUGGGGGAGGGUACAGAGAAGGCCUGGCCCCAGUGCUCCCAGGCUCCCCUUCUGAUUUUACUGGUGAUGGCUAUCGCUACUACCAGUCUUAUAGUUUUGGGCCCAAUCCUGUGGUUCCUGCACGUGUUGGCCAACCAGCAUUUACAGAUGGUCUCGACCACAGAUACACCCACAGUCUCUACAAUGAGGACUUAGCUCCUGUCAUCCCUGUGCCUAAUGCCAACCAGGCUGCGCCCAUGACAAUUGACAGGACAGGACCAGCCAGUCAAACACCAGUCAGGAGCCCGCAAUAUGAACAGUUUCCUCCAUUUGGAAGACCCCAGCCUCCCUUCCUGCAGCCCAUUCCUCCAAGCAGAAAUUCUCCAAACUCUGCCCUUGAGAACCCUAGUACGAAUGUUGGGGGUGUGUACCGACGAGAACAGAGAGGUUUACCUGACUUAAUUCCUGAUCACAACUAUGUCCAGGCUUCCACAUACAUCCAGAGAGCCCACAUGUAUUCUCUCCGCUGUGCUGCUGAGGAAAAUUGUCUGUCAAGCUCUGCCUAUAGCCCUGAGACCACCGACUAUGAUGUAAGGGUCUUGCUGCGAUUCCCACAGAGGGUGAAGAACAAGGGAACUGCUGAUUUUAUGCCUAACAGGCCACGUCAUACCUGGGAGUGGCAUAGCUGUCAUCAGCACUACCACAGUAUGGAUGAGUUCAGCCAUUAUGAUUUACUGGAGGUCAGCACUGGCCGUAAAGUGGCAGAGGGACACAAGGCUAGCUUCUGUCUGGAGGACACCACCUGUGACUUUGGUCACCUCAAGCGUUAUGCCUGCACCGCUCACACUCAGGGUCUGAGCCCAGGGUGCUAUGAUACAUACAAUGCUGACAUUGACUGCCAAUGGAUUGAUAUCACAGAUAUCAAACCUGGAAACUACAUACUAAAGAUCCAGGUUAAUCCCAAGUUCUUGGUCCAGGAAUCAGACUUUACCAAUAAUGUAGUGAGGUGUAACAUUCACUACACAGGACGGUCUGUUACAGCAGCCAACUGCAAGAUAGCACAGUCUUGAUCAGGUGGUGGAAAGCUGCCACACUAGAGUUACCCUGAUUACUAUUCCAUUGAAAUGUGAAUGGAAUCCAUUUGUUUUGGUUCAUUGUUGAUGAUAUUUGUCUGCCUCUGCUAUUUUGUGCCAUUAUCCUGGGUCCAUGGCAAACAAGAGUACCGCUGGCACUGGUAAGAAGAUAAGAAUGUGGGGGUUUAUAGUAGACGCACACACCAUAACAUGAUGCAUAUUGCAUAUUCCAAUAAUGAACCAACAGUCUAGAUGCCUGGAUCAUAUUGCAGCUAUGCAUGCUAGAUUGCACAACUGACUUUCAAACGAGGUGUCUGUAUUUGUAACCCCCCACCCACCCACCACCACCAAAUGGUUCAGUUUGAAUUUCAAAUUUUAUUUUUUAAUUGUGCCGGUGCUGAAAUUAGUGAUUCCAGAAAAGGUUCAGCUGUAAGUCCCCAAAUACAAUUAGGGGACAGUGUCUUCCCAGGUGCAUACAUCCAUGCAGUACAGGGCCAGACAGAGAUACCCAGUGACUCAAAAGAGCUACAGUGUUUGUUUUUUCUACUGUCUUAAUGGGUCAGCCUGGAAUACUGUGAUUCUCUGGGCACAUCCUGUUUAAUGUUGUGUUAACAGCAAAAGGAAGACAGCAGGUCAUAUUUUUGCAUUUGUCAGUUCCAUCAAAUUGUAAGUCGGCAUACAGACAGUCAGUACUGGGCAUAGUACUUCUCCAUAUCCUUGCAUAUUUGUGUUGUGUCCCCAUUUGUCCUUUCUUAUUUCAGUAAAACAGAAACAGGAAGCUCAGCUGGCAGAAAGGGCGCUUUCCAGAAAACAAGACUCUCAGUAUGUAAGCUGUAUGUUUACACUGUCUUGGGGUUUCUUCUUCAAUUACCAACACUGGUCAGAUGGCACAUAUGUCAUCUAAACCUUUUGAAGAAUGUAUAUACAAAUAUUCCACUGAUGCAUGAUUUUAAUGAUGGACAUUGUUUUGUGCUUUGUUUAUCCUUUUUUGACCUGUUACUGUAAUUUGUGAAAUUCAGUGAACUUAUAUAUUUUCUUUUAUUAAUAAUCUGAUUUAUUCAAAUAGCACGUGUUGUUGGAAAACACACUACUGCUACGGACUUGGUAUUAUAAUGCAGAAUGCCAUCUCUACCUACCUCUCCAUUUGAGUGAGCUGUUGUUUCCUAUUAAGUGUUGAGUGUCCAUUGGAAAUCCCUGUGAUGGCUGUCUGUGGGCUCCUACCACUCUGUUGCAGGACACACCAAAAAAAGCAACAAACUUGAAUAAAUAUAUCAAAGUACACAUGAUCUGGGAUGCAGAUGAUGGCUUAGUAAUAUUCCAAAAAAAGUUAUAAUCCUUAGGAUUCCACUUCUGGUUGAGUUUGACGCAUGGCUACUAGCGAUAAUGGCAAGUGCCAUUUAGUACUACAGGUUCUAGGGACAGCAAACAAUCUGCUAACUUGUGUUUUGAUAAAGAAAUAAUAACUGGCUGCCUUUCAUCAUGCUAUGAGCAAGUGAUGUGAUUUUUAUGCUACACAUCUCAUGCUUUUCUCACAUUAGCAGCUGCACAAGUUGGUGAUGCAGAGUCUGUUGUAUGCAACUCUUCAUCUAUCACUGUCUCAUUCUUCUUGUUCUAUCACUUCCUGCAAGAUUUAAACUGAUGUGUGCAAAAGAAUGACCAUUGUUUGGUUUGCCUAAGUAUUCCCUGUGAUUGAUUGUAUAAUGCUAACCCCACUGACAAAAUCACUUCUAACAUGAACAGUUUAACACUUCUAACAUGAAGCAGCAAAAACAGGAAAUGUUCCUUAGACAGUACCACAAUACAGAAAUGAUAUAGUGAAAAUGGAGUAAACAGGGUGAUAUAAUUACUAACAUUAACACUGGCUAACAUGUAUGUAUCACUGCUGCAUGCAUUGUUGCCUCAGGCAUGUGAAGACAUUUUGACUAGAAGCAGAAAUUAUGAACCCUGCCCCUGAAUGUAAAUAGACUGAAUGGCUAUUGAACAAAAUUUGCUAACCACAAACAGAAACGGGGAUCUGAUUACAUGACAAUCUUAAGGAUUAUUACUUACUAUCUCUAAAUUUGAUUACUUAACCAUAGUUCACAUGUUUUUCAUGUUGUACUGUUAAUGGUCAGAUCUUUAAUUCGAUCUGAAAAUUAUUUUACGUUGGUAGCUCAUGAUUUUAUUGUUUUCCUCCUGAGAACGAUGCAACAAGGUGAUUCUGACAUUCAGUGAAAUGACAGCUCAAGAGUAGGUGACAAUUAUACAGCUUCUUUGACAUGUGGUGAUGAAAUUUGCAUUUCUCUAAAAGCAAACACCUUUUAAAAUAUCAUAUGUAAUAAAUAAAUUUACUGUACAUAUGUGCUGUGUGCUCAGAGUGGAAUGUGUAUGCUGUGCCCCACACCUACAGCAGUGAUUCACUGUGCUACAUAUGAGCCAGCAUCUGCAAGUGCAACAGAAUGCAGAGAUGCAAACAAAAUGCUGUAGAACAGAUGUGACAAGAUACUGAAAUAUCUUUCAUAAAAUAUUAGGUGUUAUAUGCUUCAUGCAUUUAAGGAUUUCUCAGGUACUGUAUGUGAUUUUGUUAAUUCAGGCAGGGAUGCAAAUGUGGCCUUUACAAAAAUAAAAUGUCCUAGCUGUUUAUAAGAUAUAACACAUAAAACACCAAACAGUGAAUUUACUGUAACAACUGCACAGUGACACUGAUGUGGUGCAUAGAUGAGACAGCUACACAGGUUUUUGUGCUGUAGUUGAGUUUAGGCACAAAUUAUGCACA